AUGGCGCACAGUUUUGCGGUGGGCUUCGACCCACUGGGCCUUGGAGACCUAAGCUCGGGCUCUCUGAGCUCCCUCUCCUCCCGAGGCCACCUGGGCAGCGACUCGGGCUCCGCAACGCGAUACCUGCUGAGGAAGCAGCAGCAGCGGCUGUUGAAUGGGCCCCCCCGCGGAAUCCGAGCCUCAUCGCCCAUGGGCCGUGUCAUCCUCAUCAACUCUCCCAUCGAAGCCAACAGUGAUGAGAGCGACAUCAUCCAUGCGGUCCGGGUGGAGAAGAGUCCAGCAGGGAGACUGGGUUUCAGUGUGCGGGGCGGCUCGGAGCAUGGCCUGGGCAUCUUCGUCAGCAAGGUGGAGGAGGGGAGCAGUGCAGAGCGGGCCGGCCUGUGCGUGGGGGACAAGAUCACGGAGGUGAACGGGCUGAGCCUGGAGAGCACCACCAUGGGCAGCGCCGUGAAGGUGCUGACUGGCAGCAGCCGCCUGCACAUGAUGGUGAGGCGCAUGGGCCGAGUGCCGGGCAUCAAAUUCUCCAAAGAGAAGACCACGUGCUGUGGGGUGGGGGAGGGUGGAAAGUUGGAGGAAGACACCCACCCCUACCUCCAGCACCACCUCCCCACAAAGCUGCAGCCCCGCGGGCGCUCCCUCAUGUCUGCAGAGGAGAAGAGGCAGAGGAAGAAGGAGAAGUUGGGGUCUCCUGGGGAGAAGGGAGCCCUGCAGCGCUCCAAGACACUGAUGAACCUCUUCUUCAAGGGAGGGCGGCAGGGGCGGCUGGCAGGGGACGGGCACAGAGAGGCCUGGACGCUGGACAGAGGGACCCCGGCCAAGCCCCGCCCUCGCCUGGACCCGGAGAAAGGUAAGCGCCAUGCUGGGGCAGUGGGGCCCGUGCAGAAGUUUGUCACAUGGAGACUGAGACGCGAGCGGGAGAGGGGCCGGGCCCUGCUCUCUGCCAGGUCUGGGAGCCCCUCUGGCCAGCUGCCUGAUGUGGAUGAGCGGGUGCAAGCCUGGGAGAGCCGACGGCCCCUAAUUCAGGACCUGGCCCGACGGCUGCUGACUGACGACGAGGUGCUGGCAGUCACCCGCCACUGCUCCCGGUAUGUGCACGAGGGCGGUGUAGAGGACCUGGUGAGGCCCCUGCUGGCCAUUCUGGACAGGCCCGCAAAGUUGCUGCUACUGAGGGACAUCAGGAGUGUGGUGGCCCCCACGGACCUGGGCCGCUUUGACAGCAUGGUGAUGCCCAUGGAGCUGGAGGCUUUCGAGGCCCUUAAGAGCCGCGCAGUGUGGCCUCCUGCCUUGAGACCAGCCCAGCAAGACGCACCUCCCAAGCGUCACCUCAUCACGCCUGUGCCUGAUAGCCGUGGAGGUUUCUAUCUGCUGCCUGUGAACGGCUUCUCAGAGGAGGAAGAUGGUGGGGAACUGAGGGAGCGGCUGGGGGGCCUCCAGCUCUCCCUGGGGGCCUCUGCUCCCCGCCACCCUCAUAAAGGGAUCCCCCCUCUCCAAGACGUGCCGGUAGAUGCCUUCACCCCACACCCAAGCACCCGCACCCCCCCUCCGCAACCACCCCCCGUGGCUCCCAGGCCCCCAAGGCCUAACUGGCUGCUGACAGAACCCCCGACCCUGGAGGACCCGCGGCAGAGCCAGAUCCAGGGCCCUGCCCGGAGCCGCAGCCGCAGCCGCAGCCGGGGCCGAGGCAAGUCCCCAGGACGCAGGCGCUCCCCGUCUCCAGCACCUAUCUCCACCCAGAGCGUGGCCAACGGGCGCUACCACAAGCCUCGGAAGGCCAGGCCACCUCUGCCUCGACCUCCGGAUGGGCAGGCAGCCAAGGCGGGAGGCCACCAAGGCCCCUCUGAGAAUGGAACUGGUGGGACAGCCGAGGAGACAGCCACGAAGGCCCCUGGUGGGGAGCUGAGGACAGUCACGUUGUCCAAGAUGAAGCAGUCCUUGGGCAUCAGCAUUUCUGGGGGCAUUGAGUCCAAGGUGCAGCCCAUGGUGAAGAUAGAAAAGAUCUUCCCUGGGGGGGCUGCCUUCGUCAGUGGGGCCCUGCAGGCUGGCUUCGAGCUUGUGGCGGUGGAUGGAGAGAGCCUGGAGCAGGUGACCCACCAGCGAGCAGUAGAUACCAUCCGCCGAGCUUAUCGAAACAAGGCUCGGGAGCCCAUGGAGCUUGUGGUCAGGGUCCCUGGGCCCAGCCCACAACCCUUACCCCCCGAGUCGUCAGCCCUCACCGAUCAGUGCCUUCGUGCUGACCAUUCCCCUGCCCGCUGACCCCCUCCUGGUACCAUUCCUUCCCACUGCCUCCCAGAACCUCCCGUAAAUGCUCUUCCCACCAAUUCCCAGAUUCCUCCCGCUGACGCCAGUCUCCUCCAGCGGACCGCCAGCCCAGUCCCUUCCCCGACCCUCCGGACUCCUGACACUAACCCCAGACUCUCUCCACCUAUGCCGGGACUCUUCCCACUGACCUCAGAUCCUCCCGUUGCCUCCCAGGACCCUCCUGCUGUCUCCCAGACCUCCCCUCCUACCCUCCUCUCGGGAUUCAGGAACGUCUCACUGCUCCUCGACUUGCCUCCUCCCAGAGCUCCACACUGCUGGCGCAGACCUCCCCACUUUCUUCCCUCCCCCGCUGUCACUAAGGCUCUGCCCUUUCCAGAUAAACUUGGUGUCAAGGACAAGGUGCUGCGGGGUAGGCUGUGUCACCCUCGCACUGCCCCCAACCUCCCACGACUGGGAGAGGUUGGGAGAAAGCCAAGGUCUGGAGCUUGGGAUUGGCGGGCCCUUUCUCAUGAGGCCUCCUUUAAUGCCCCCAAGCACUGA